UGCUCUCAAGGAUUAUCCCAUAGAAUACAGUUCUUUCUUGUUAAUUCCCUUCUUUUCAAUGGCUUCAAAAACCUUUGCAUAUGUACUUUCCGUCGUCAUUUUCUCUUUUCUUCUCCAACUCCACUCCUCUGCCGGACAGACCGUCGUGAAAGGCGUGUACUGGUUUCCAGGCAGUGGAUUCCCGGUGUCCGGCAUAGAUUCCACCCUUUUCACUCAUAUCUUUUGUGCCUUUGCCGAUCUCAACCCCACCACCUACCAAGUUACUAUUUCUUCCUCGAACUCUGCCCAGUUCUCGACCUUCACCCAGACCGUGCAGCAAAAAAACCCUUCAGUUAAAACCCUUCUGUCCAUCGGUGGAGGAAGCUCCAGUCCUUCCACCUUCGCUUCCAUGGCUAGCCAAGCCAGCACCCGUAAAUCAUUCAUAGAUUCCUCCAUACAGCUAGCCAGGAGUUACAAAUUCCAUGGUCUUGACCUCGAUUGGGAGUACCCAUCAACGAGCACUGAAAUGAACAACCUUGGCUUACUCCUGAAUGAAUGGCGAGCAGCCGUGGCCAAAGAGGCCAGCAGCACCCGCAACACAACGUUGCUCCUAGCCGCAGCAUUCUUUUAUACGUCAAACUAUUACACGCUGAAUUAUCCCUUUCAGGCCAUUUCAAACAGCUUGGAUUGGGUCAAUGUAAUGGCAUAUGAUUUCUACGGCCCCAGUUGGCAAGGCAGCAUGAAUAUGACCGGACCGCCUUCUGCAUUGUACAAUCCAAGAAGCCAAGUUAGCGGGGACACCGGCAUCAAAGCUUGGAUUCAGGCAGGUGUGCCAGCCAAAAAACUAGCCCUCGGCCUUCCAUUUUAUGGCUAUGCAUGGCGUCUGCUUGAUGCUAGUAAAACUGGAAUAUUUGCACCGGCAAACGGACCGGCUAUAUCCCCAGAUGGAUCCCAAACUUAUAGCCAAAUCAGGGAUCUCAUUACUCAGAGUGGAUACAUAAAAGCAUACAAUUCUACUUUUGUGACGAACUACUGCUAUAAGGGCUUGACAUGGAUUGGAUAUGAUGAUACAGAGAGUAUCUUUACCAAAGUUACAUAUGCCAAGGCAAAGGGAUUGCUCGGUUACUUUGCAUGGAGUGUUGGCGCCGACAAAAACUUCACUCUUGCUAAAAAUGCAUCAAGUACAUGGGGGCCGUGAGCGUAGAUCGAGAUCCCUAUAUACAUAUUUGGUGAUAUUGAAGCAGCUUAUUAUAAUAUUAUAUUCCCAAUAAGGCUAUGAAUCAGAUAUAUUCUCUAUAUAUAUAUAUAUAUAUAUUUCCUACCAUGAAAAAUGGAUGUGCUUAUUUUGACAGCAAAUAGGCCAUGUGUAUGUGUGAUUGCGCCACAACAAUGAUUUCAACGCGCGGUUAAUUUAAAUUUUAUGAUACGUUUCAAUUA